AAACAAACAAACAAACAACAUAUGCACUGAAAAAAUACUACAAGAACAAUAUAUGAUGAUAAGGCCCAGAAUUGCGACAGGCGUUACGGGGUGUACUCUAUGGCAAUAACAACAACAGCAUAAAGGAGCAGCUGAGCAGCAGUGGUAUACCAGUGUGUGUGUGUGUGUGUGUGCGUGUGUGUGUCAACUGUGUGUGUGUGUGUGUGGAAGAAGGAGAAAGUUUCAUUUGUGGAGUGGAGAGCAGCGUGCAACGUGCGAGGAGAACGAAGGAAGGACGAAGGACAUCAGACGUCGGACGACCAAAAAUCAAAUUUCAACUUUUCCAUGUGGAACUUCUGCUCGUUGGUGUUGGUGGUGAUUGUUGUUGUUACAAAAAAUGCACGUUAAACACACACAGCGCCGAGUCAGCGGUCCUGGAGCAUUCGGAACAUUUACCAACGAUCAACGCGCCAGUCGAGACAACUUGUAUCCAGACGAUCAGCACCAGCGUCACUCGCACUCCCAUCAGCACUUGGUGCGGCAGUCUCUGAACAGCCUUAGUUACGCCCAGCCCGGAUCGAGUUCCGCAACACCUGCGUCCGGGCCAACUGGCCCGAUACCCGUACACUCACAUUCAUCGGCAUCGGCCUCUGUGCGCAACAGUCCGAGUCCGAGCAGCGGCAGCGUUGGAGUCAUCGCACUUGGUGCCGUUCGCAGUCGACGUGGCGAGGCGGCGGAUCGUGAAAGAGAUCGAGAUCGAGAUCGGGAUCGAGAACGGGACGGUGACGGCGACAGCGUAUCGCUGCUGAGAUCGGGUCUGGAUGAGCAGCGUUCGCAGCGACAGCGCAGCAGCAGCACUCGUCUAUCCAGCGGCAUCUCCAAGCAAAACUCCUGCGACAGUCGGAGCAGUGGCCUACGCAUCCUCGAUCCGGCGCCCUCGCACAGCUACAGUCACAGUCACAGUCCCGUUAGCUGCGGCACCGAGCAGAGCGUGAGCAGCACUGGCGGCCAGUCGGCCCUCUACGAUGCCUGUCACGAAUACACGCGCAGCUUGAGUGCAGCUCCGACAACGGAACCCACUGGCGGAGCAGCUGCAUUAAGUGGACCAGCAGCAGCAGGAGCAGCAGCAGGAGCAGGUGGAUUAGGCGGAGCUGGGCUACUGAAAAGCCACUACAGCGAUCAACAGCUAUCGGAGCCGCACUUUACCAAUCUCAAUCUCAAUCUCAAUUUGAGCAGCGAUUACGAUACGGGCAGCGAUAAGCAGCAGCUGGUGAAUCAGACGUACAUCUUCAAGUGCAUCGCGAACAGUCCAUCGUUUUUGCGCACCAACAAGAUCAAGGAGCAGUCGAAGAAGCUGCGAAAUCUGUCCCUGAAAACGCGCACGGCCAAAAAGAAGGGUCAAAUAAUAUCGAAAUCGAACGCCGUAUCGGAUAAUUCACUGCAUCCGGGCGAUAAGUAUCUCAAUUUGUAUCUGGUGGAGAAGAAGCAUUCGCUGCAAUCACAAAUUGCGCCCACAUCGAACACAUCCGUUGCAGCCAGUUGCUCGACGUCGUCGUCAACAGCGCGUCAGCAACAGUUGCCGGCAUUGUCGGCGGUUGCCGCACGGCAACAGCAGCUGCUGCUUAACGGUUCGCUGAAGAGCAGCAGUAGCAGUGAUAAUCGACAGACGAAGACAUUGCCCGCUUAUCAGGAGUAUCGUUGUGGGAGCAGCAGCAGCAACACCAUACCCACAACGGGCAAGAGUCCGCCGGUGCCGCACUCGCUGGCGGCGAAAAUAAGCGGCAAGAACUGUAACAAUCUGCUGCAAAACGCCGGCGGCAAUCAGCUCAGCCUGAGCAGUAACUCAUGCCACAAGCUACAUGCGCACAGUCAAUACGCCCAGCAGCAGCAGCAACAGCAUCUGGCCUCAUCGCCCAAGAGCUCCGUGUCGAGCAACGGCCAUUUGAACAAAUACUGUUUAACGGAUCUGACGCGACGCAAGGCGGAAUUCAAUCGGCAGCUGAGCGCUCCGACAGAUUAUACGCGCCACUCGUCGAGCAACGGAUCACAGCAGGAGGGCUCCGAGCCGGCCAAUGAGACGGGUGUGGGUGUGGGUGAGUCCACCAUAACAGUUGCCAGCGCUGGCGUUCUCGGACACCGGACACCACAAUACGGCCACGGCCACGGACCCGGUCAGGCAUCAACGGCGCCGGCCACCCUCAAAUCGCUGCAACUCCACAAUUUUGGUGUGCACCAUCCGACGCCGAGGCCCACGUCCACAUCGUGCACCAAUAGCUUCAAUCGGCGCCACAUACGCAGACACAAGAGCAAACUAAGCGAACGCCUGCUGAACGGCGAUAGUGAAGAAUCAGUACGCUGCUCAUACUGCUCCGUAUUGAAUGUGAAUGAGAACGACUUGCGCAUUUCAUUUGAGAACACCUGCACCGACUCGCUGGUCACCGCUUUCGAUGAUGAGGCACUGCUGAUAUGCGACCAAGGAACCGAAAUGGCAAGAACAAAGGUACACUUUGAUGAUGUGUCGUUGUACGGCACUCCGAAAGAGGAGCCAAUGCCCAACAUACCAAUAGUCUCGGAAAAAGUCUCGGCGAAUUUCCUAAAAAGUCAAUUGCAAUCAUGGUUCCAGCCGACAGACAAUCGUCUGGCCAUGAAAUUAUUUGGCAGCCGGAAGGCUUUGGUCAAAGAACGCAUACGUCAGAAAACUUCCGGGCAUUGGGUUAUACACCCGUGCAGUUCAUUCAGGUUUUACUGGGACCUUUGCAUGCUUUUAUUAUUAGUAGCAAAUCUUAUUAUCCUGCCAGUCGCAAUAUCAUUCUUCAACGAUGAUCUAAGCACACGAUGGAUUGCCUUCAACUGCCUAAGUGAUACUAUUUUUUUAAUAGAUAUUGUAGUCAAUUUUAGAACAGGAAUUAUGCAACAAGACAACGCUGAACAAGUAAUAUUGGAUCCAAAGCUUAUAGCUAAACACUAUUUAAGAACCUGGUUUUUUCUCGAUUUGAUUUCGUCGAUACCAUUAGAUUAUAUAUUUUUAAUUUUCAAUCAAAUUAUGAAAUUGCAGGAUUUCUCUGAUUCUUUUCAAAUAUUGCAUGCCGGACGCGCCCUGCGCAUCCUUCGUCUAGCUAAAUUACUAUCCUUAGUUCGCCUGCUGCGCCUGUCCCGCCUCGUGCGCUACGUAUCGCAAUGGGAGGAGGUCUAUAUUCUGCAGAAUCUACAGAAAAAAAGUGCUGAUCGCAGAGGGAGAAUGAACAGAAAAGACAAAGAUGGCUUGACAAAAAGCAACCUAAUUCUCAAGUUCCUCAAUAUGGCCUCGGUGUUCAUGAGGAUCUUCAAUUUAAUUUGCAUGAUGCUCUUGAUCGGACACUGGAGCGGUUGUCUGCAGUUCUUAGUGCCAAUGUUACAGGGUUUUCCAUCUAAUUCCUGGGUAUCCAUCAAUGAGUUACAGGAAUCAUAUUGGCUGGAGCAGUACUCAUGGGCAUUGUUUAAGGCCAUGUCGCAUAUGCUGUGCAUAGGAUACGGCAGAUUUCCUCCACAAUCACUGACGGACAUGUGGCUGACGAUGCUGUCGAUGAUAUCGGGGGCCACCUGUUAUGCAUUGUUCCUCGGUCAUGCGACCAAUCUAAUACAGAGCUUGGACUCCAGCCGGCGGCAGUAUCGCGAGAAGGUCAAACAGGUCGAGGAGUAUAUGGCCUAUCGCAAAUUGCCGCGCGAUAUGCGUCAGCGCAUAACGGAAUAUUUCGAACAUCGGUACCAGGGUAAAUUCUUCGAUGAAGAGCUGAUACUUGGCGAGUUGAGCGAGAAAUUGCGCGAGGAUGUCAUCAACUAUAAUUGCAGAUCCCUCGUGGCGUCAGUGCCUUUUUUUGCUAAUGCCGAUUCGAAUUUCGUUUCCGACGUAGUUACCAAACUGAAAUAUGAAGUUUUCCAACCAGGUGAUAUUAUCAUAAAGGAGGGCACGAUCGGUACAAAGAUGUACUUCAUACAGGAGGGCGUUGUAGACAUUGUGAUGGCCAACGGCGAGGUUGCCACCUCACUCUCGGAUGGAUCCUACUUUGGUGAGAUCUGUUUGCUGACCAAUGCGCGUCGUGUGGCAAGUGUGCGAGCCGAAACCUAUUGCAAUCUAUUCUCGUUGAGCGUGGAUCAUUUCAAUUGCGUUCUGGACCAGUAUCCGCUGAUGCGCAAGACCAUGGAAACUGUGGCUGCCGAGCGGUUAAACAAGAUUGGCAAGAAUCCAAAUAUAAUGCAACAAAAGGAUGAGCAGCUAAGCAAUCCAGAAUCGAAUCAAAUAACGGCGGUGGUCAAUGCACUGGCCGCCGAGGCCGAAGAGUGCAAAGAUGAUUAUAGUGACAUGGAUCUCAAGGAGAAUUUACUGCAUGGGUCGGGGUCGAGCAUUGCUGAGCAAACGAUACGAGAGGGCCUCCCACGGCCCAGAAGCGGCGAGUUUCGGGCUCUAUUCGAGGGGAACACCCCAUGACACUGAGGCACAUUCAACAGCCCAUCCGGCGUACAUCGGGCAACCAUCUGAGUAGCGGUUUGCAACCCAAAAACAACAAACAACAGCAGCAACAGCAACAACAACAGCAACAGCAACAAAAAUAGUUAUACAUUACAGCAGCAACGCAGACACAGACACAACCAGACAUCUACACACAACACACACACAAACACAAACACAUGCGUAUAUAAUAAUUAGAAGAACCUUAACAAAAAAAAGUACACUCAAAAUUAUGAAUCAAUUUACGGUAGUCUACAUAUAUAUGCAAUUGCGAUUUAGUAGAAAAUGACAACAAACAAAACAAAACGAUGAAAAAAAAAUGAGAUAGAAAACGUAUUACACAACAAUGUCCUCAAUAAUUAUUCAUAAUUUCAGCUCCGCUAACUGUGAUGAACUUUAAUAUAAGAAUCAAAAAACAAAACAAAACAAAAAAAAAAAAAAAAAAAAAAAAAAAAUUAAAAACGAAAAAAAAAUGAGUACAUAAAAAGUAACUUAUACGAUAAAGAAAAAAAAAUCAGCAGCCAGUUAAAGCAUUCACACAGAGAAAUCACACGGCCAUAGAGGAAACACUUACACACACAGUUACAUACAUGAUAUAUACACUGAAAAAAACCAGACAGACAUACUACCUACAUACAUACAUACAUAUAUAAGUAGUAAAUCUACAUAUAAGUUUUAUGCCCACGAUAUUGUAACGAUAACGAAGUGAAUAGACUUUUGAAUUGCUACAUAGGUGUUAGUCCUAUGGACCUACUACUAAUACUAAAAAGAAAAACAAAACAGACCGAUUCGAUACACACAGAUACACAAACAAACACAAACACACAAACACACACACCUGUAGUUACAACAUACACUUGCAUAACCUUAUGAUAUAAUAAAAAGCCGUUACGUUAUGCAUUCAAAAAAGAAAGAAAAAAAACAAGAAAAAAAAAACAAAGAAAAACAUAUUAAAGCGCGUAGCUAUUAUGUACUCAAGAGCAACCAAGAAAGAAACCAAGAAUUAUGUAUUAUUGCGGUUAUAUAUAGCAUAUUUAAAUACGCAGUGCAACAUGGAAAACAACACUCAGCAUACGAGUUUACACGACAACAACAAAAAUACAACAAUAUUAUUAAAAACAAAAAAAAAAAAUACAAAAAAACAAACAAACAAUUAAAUUAAACAAAAUGCAUUAGUAGUUGAACUAUUAGUUUUUCACUCACUGAAAACAAAAAAAGAAAAGAAAAGAAAUACACACACAAUACAAUGUAGUAAAAAAAGCAGCCUCAAGAGUAAGAAAAACCUCAGUGUGCCGUCGUUUCAACGGUUAACAGCAGUAGUAACAAAAAAAAAAACAAAUAAUGAAAAAUACAAAAAAAAAAACAAUAAGAAACAUAUACACA